CAUGAAGAAAUUCUAUUUGCUAGUCAUUUUUGUUAUCCUCAAUGCAACUGUUUUGGGAGCCACCAGAAGAGACGGUUUUGACCAAGAGAAUGGCCCUCUUCAGUCCUUGAAGGGGUAUGUCAGUAAGGCGUUUUAUAUGGACAAGAUUGGCAACUUUGAGUUUUCUCCGGAUAUUGGGAGGUUAUUCAAAAAAAUCUUUGGAUUUAUAUAUGCUGUCUUAUAUUCAACUGCUUUUGUGUUGAUAUUAAUUAGAUUCAUCCUUUAUUUGCUUGGAUACGAAGAUUUUGACCUGGAAGCUUCUUCAGUGAUUCAAAAGAUGAUGCACACCUCUGAGUAUUUUGCUUAAAAAGCAUACAGAUGAGGUGCCUGAAUUAAUACUGUUGAGUUGUAUUAAAAUUUACCCUU